AUGUCGCAAGAUGCUCACUCUAAUUCAUGCAAUAGUAAUGGGGUCGACAAAGCAACCGAGCAGGAACUCAUAAUUAUCUUGGAGAAUGGAACAGAUCCAACACCGGUACGAGCAAUUCGCAGACCUGAACCAAAAUUGCAUGCUCCUGUACAUGUACCUUUUCCACCGGCUGUAAAUGCUGCCUCUUUAAUUCGGAUCAAUAAGGAUGGCGCAUUACUUGCAAGAUGUACGAAUAAGUUUUUAAUUUAUCGUAAUCAAUUCGCGAAAGAAGUUAGGACGCAAGGGUACAAUCUUUCUAUGAGUGAAGUAUCUUGUUUAGCAGCCCAAGCAUGGAAACGGGAACCUAAUCACGUUAUCAGGAAAUACAGUGAUAUUGCUCAAGAAGUUAAAUGGCUACACAAGCAAUUGUCUAGGUCGGGUUCCAAAAAAGGGAGGAAGACUUCGAAUUCCUCAUUAUUAUCUUCAGAUUCCUCAUUGUUAGGUUCUCAAGCGAAAAAAAUUAUAAGCAAAAAUAAACCAGAUCAGUUAAUGCGUCUUUCUACGGCUAUUACAAACGUAUGCCGUAAUCAACAGAUAUAUGAUCAUCAUUCACUUCAAGAAUGUCAUCAAGAAUUACCAACAACUCCUUUAACUCCAGAUUACUAUUCUCCAGAAUUUUCAUACCCGUCACCAUCGAUGCUUAAUUCACAAUAUCCAGUAAGAAUAAGCGACAUGAUUAAAGAUGCUUUUGUAUCUGAAAAUUAUCAAUACAACGAUUUGGUAUUGACCGUUAACUAUUGCACAGACCAGUUUUCAAUUUGA